UGACAUAGGCGGCGCGCUCUGACGGACUGUAGUGGCGCGCGCAUGCAGGUGGAUGCUGCGUAUUGCAGUACAGAAAAAAGAAGCAUCUGCGCAUCACAAGUGUGGAUUUAUUUCAUACAUUCGCGUUUGGUGUCUCAAUUAAAACAGUUUUAAAAUGGACAGAAACCUCUCUAGCACCAACUUCAGUUUGGACAACUGCACCCGCGUGCCAUAUUACAUCCACUCCACAGGCAUAACAAUAAGCUACAUUCUCUCCUACCUGAUGGUGCUGCUUCUGUGCAUUGUUGGAAACGGGCUCGUCUGUCUGGUGGUCCUCAGGAAUCGGAAAAUGCGAACUGUCACAAACCUCUUCAUUCUAAACUUGGCCAUUAGUGACUUACUGGUGGGUGUGUUCUGUGUGCCCACCACACUGAUUGACAGCCUCAUAUCGGGUUGGCCUUUUAACCAGCUCACCUGCAAGAUGAGUAACCUUGUCCAGGGUAUGUCAGUGUCUGCCUCUGUCUUCACUUUGGUUGCCAUAGCAGUAGACAGGUUUACAGGCAUUGUUUACCCUUUCCACCAUCGUCUGAGACCAGUCUCUGCAUUCUUCGCCAUCAUCUUCAUCUGGCUCCUUGCUUUUGCCAUCAUCUUUCCUUCAGCCGUAAGAUCGACGGUCAAACCUCUGGAUGGCAUCUGCAUGCUCCAAGAUAACCAGAUCUACCCAGUGUUUGUGUGUUUUGAAGACUGGCCCAAAGAAGAGAUGAGACGAGUCUACACCACUGUCAUCUUCAUCUAUGUUUACCUGGCCCCGCUAGGUCUUCUAAGUAUCAUGUACGGUUGCAUAGCGACCAAGCUCUCCAAGAACCUGCGUAAGAAUCGGAGUCGUUCCAGGAAACGAAUUAAGGUCAUAAAGAUGCUCAUCAUAGUCACUGUACUCUUCAUGGUGUCAUGGUUGCCUCUCUGGACUUUAAUGCUUCUUACAGAUUAUCAGGACUUGGACAGGUCACAGAUUGACUUCCUGAGCAGCUAUCUGUUUCCAGCAGCACACUGGUUGGCAUUUUUUAACAGUGGCAUUAAUCCGAUCAUAUAUGGCUUCUUCAAUGUGAACUUCCGCAGGGGGUUUCAGUCUGCGGUGGCCUGCGCCUCCUGCAACUCUUUAGUUCCAGAAAUGCGCCGGGCGUACUUUGCGUUCCUUCGCCCCAAUAAGGUAUCGGCUGGGAACACGGAAGCCCCUAACAGGCAAAAGGGGCACUUUAUAACGGUAAUGCCCAGAACGAUGGGUCAUGGGAUUCAAGAUAUUGUUCUGCAGGACAUAAAUUAAAUUAAGAUGAAGACUUGAUGAAAAAUGGAAAAUCUGUCUUUCUAGAAAUUCCAUUCAUGUCCUUCAGUGCAAAAGGUGGUUGAUAAAAUUCCUAAGGAAUACACAAAAUGAUGUACUGAUAGAAAUAAUGUAUAAUAAUUUAUAAUGCACUGUAGUUUUGGAUAAAAGCGUCUGCGAAAUGCAUAAAUGUAAAUCAAACAGGCUUAGAGGAUAUGAAGUCCAGAACACUUUAGAUUUGUGUUGUUAGACCAAUGACUGUCAAAAAAGAUGCGUAAUACUUGAUUUGGUUACUGAAAAUGUAGUCUACAGAGACAGACUGGAAAAUGUUGUGCUUCUGCAUUGCGAUUUAUUGCUAAAGGCCCAACAAGUGCCUUGUAUGCCAUGCGGCAUGUUUGUAACACAAGUUAUAUUUCACCUUUAUUUUUUUAUUCAGAUUCUUAAAGGAAUAAUUCAACCAAAAAUAUAAUUAUUAACCCAUAUUUUACUCCUCCUCAAGCAAUCCUGGUUACUUUCUGUUUUUACAGAAUCAGAGCUAUAUUAAAUAAUAUAUUUUAAAGGUGCAGUGUGUAAUUUUUAGAAGGAUCUCUUGACAGAAAUGCAAUAUAAUAUACAAAACUACAUUAUCAUGGGUGUAUAAAGACCUUUUAAUAAUAAAUCAUUAUGUUUUUAUUACCUUAGAAUGAGAUGUUUUUAUCUACAUGCACGAGGGUCCCCUUACGUGGAAGGCGCCAUUUUGUGCCACCACGUUUCUACAGAAGCCCUUAACGGACAAACAUUUUUGUCUCCGAUGAUGACAUGUUUUUCAAAACACAUUGCGUUUCAAAAGCGAGGGGUGAGCAGUGGGCUGAGCCGUUGGUUGCAAUUCGUAACCUCACCACUAGAUGCCGCUAAAAUUUACACACUGCACCUUUAAGCUUUAAAAUAGCAGGAUAGUGCCCCAUUUUUAAGUCUCUAAAUUGCACAUCCACCCAUCAAAACUAAUUCGUAUUUAAAUGUCUUCCGAGGUGAAGCGAUGGGUUUUAAAACAACUUGCAAGUCAAUUCAACCUACUAUUUUACGUUUUGGCUUGUGAAAAGUUGACAACUUAAAAUAGCAAAAAUAUAUUUUUGAUUUGACAAUAAUGCUGCAUAAUUUUUUACAAUGUAUAGCCGUAUGUGUGUUCACGAAAGAGUUUAGGUCAGGUGAAAUGCUGACCUCAGACCCAAUGUUACAAAAACCCAUCGCUUCACCUCAGAGAACAUUUAACUCUUUCCCCGCCAUUGACGAGUUAUCUCGUCAAUCCGCAAUACCGCUAUUAUCCACCAGGUUUCCUCAACUUAUAAAACCCGGAAGUAUUGCCCUGGGGCAAACAGCUGUAUGUCCGUCUAAGUUUUAAGAAUCGCUCUGCAUCUGAUCUCUAUCAAAAGUCCUUUACAAAAAUGGAAUUAUCUCAGCUUUUUGCUCAAAAUUUUCUGUUUUUGAAGAAACCUACCCAUAUUUCAGAGGUGAUAAAAAGAGAACUAAUGAAGGUAUGAUGAAACUUUUUUUGGUUGUUUGAAAGCAGAGGGUCUGUUCUUGCAUUUAAAGGUCACGCUAUUUUUGAUCCCAUUUUUUAAACCAUAGUUAGUGUGUA